AAAGAGGAGCUUGCUAAACUGCACUACAAUGGCCAAAACAUAGGGUUAGAGAAAGUUCCCUCUAGCUGAGGGAGUCCCUCUCUACAGAAGGAAGAACCCGAGGGUGGGGAGGAGUCGGGGCCACCCCCGCCCCCAGCCCCACGUCGGUGCCAUCCGCGGAGAUGAAAUGUGAGCCCGGGUGGCCCAGGACUCAGGAGCGGGCUGCUUCGUCUUCCGCCUGAGCGCCGCGGCCAGAGACAAAGAGACCUCGGUCCCAGCGCAACCCCGCGCGGGCCGGCCCGGGCUCCCCUCGAAGGCUCCCAGGGCAAUGGCCCCCCCGCGAUCCCCGUCUCGGGAGUGCUGACCUCUCCCUCUGACCGCCCUCCAGCCCCUCCGCGUCUGGGGCUCUCCUUUCGUUCCCAGCCCCCUUUCCAGUCUGUCUGUCCGUCGGUCCUGGCGCGCAACCUCCGGCCACCGGCUUGGAUGGACGCGCGGAGGCUGCCCGGGUGUCCAGGGAUCUUGCUUCCGAAGUUGGUCCUGCUCUUUGUCUACGCAGAGGAUUGCCUUGCUCAGUGUGGGAAAGACUGCAGAUCUUACUGCUGUGAUGGAACCACACCCUACUGUUGCUCCUACUACGCUUAUAUCGGGAAUAUCCUCUCGGGUACAGCAAUUGCUGGCAUAGUGUUUGGAAUUGUAUUCAUCAUGGGGGUCAUCGCUGGAAUUGCCAUAUGUAUCUGCAUGUGUAUGAAAAACAACCGCGGGACCCGCGUGGGCGUCAUCAGGACCACCCACAUCAAUGCCAUUUCCUCCUAUCCUGUGGCACCACCCCCCUAUAGUUAUGACCAUGAGAUGGAAUACUGUGCCGACUUGCCACCUCCCUACUCCCCGACCCCACAGGCUUCAGCACAGCGUUCUCCACCCCCUCCUUACCCUGGAAAUUCAAGAAAACAAUCCUUCUCCCAGAACAGAAUAUGUGCCAAUCAGAGAUCUUGCCUGGAAUAAAAUGCCUCUACUCAGAACAGGAAAGGAUUGCUCUAAGGAAUACUUUUUUGGGUCAAACAAUAUGUCAGGUGGAAUAUCCAGGCUAAGAAAUACUGAGUUUUUACCCCUCUCUGAGCUGACCCCAUCUGGAGUACUGUUUGGUUCAAUGGUAUCACAUUUGAAGAGAUGUACUGAUCAAUGCAGUCACAUUCAGAGAAGAGUAAUGAGACAGACAAAACAUCUGAAAAUCAUAUUGCUUAAGGAAACUGCAAUAUUGAUCCUGGAAAAGAGAAGAAUGAUAUAAGAGAGGAGAAUAGCCUGGAGUACAUAAGGAAACAACUAUAUUCUGUGUAGCUUUAAAAGUCAGAACUAGAAUUAUUCAUUCUUUUGUUCAUCAGUAAAUACUGUUCAAGUGCAUGAGAGCCUACUCUGUGCCUUUCACUGUUUAAAGCACUGGAUGGAAGCUACAGAAACUUUGGUUUCUGGAUAAGAACAAGGAACUUUGGUUUCAGGAUAAGAAAGAGGAGUUGGAGCUUCCUUAUUGACUAGAUUGUUUUGUGAAGUUUCCUAUUACCAAGACUUCAAACAGAAUCUAUCUGGUAGAGACAUGUUCUAGAAAGGACAGCUAAAUCAAAUAGUAGAUGGGUCCACUUGGACCCAAACAUUCUGCUCACGGUUUAGUUAAGUGUGAAGUAAAUUUCUAUGCCUCCAAGAAUGAAAACAAUUAGAACAGUUUAAUCUUAUCUAUUUAAUUUGACAAGUUAAAACAGGAUCAAAGGGACUCGACAGCUGCUUGAAGCCAAGAACUCUUCAGUGCUAGCUACUGCCAUCUAAAAAUCAUCUGACUUUAGUGUUUUAUUAUGACAAAAGUUAUUCCAACUGUGGGGAAAAAACACUGUAUCAAGUUCUACAAACAACAGAUACUUCAUUUCAGAUUAAAAGAUUAGAAGCUGAAUAUUCCCAUGGGAUUUUACAUCAGGGAGUAAAACUGUAGAACUUGACCGUGAAGAUAUAUAACAGUUUAUGAAAAGAAGAAGGGAAAAUGAAAUUUGCAUUCUGUUCUGUGGAAUUCCAUUCAUAUGUAGCUUAGACAGCUUUCUCUUCUGUAAUAUUUUGAAAAUAUAUUCCCUUGAAAAAGUUAUACAGUUAAUAGAAAGGUUAUUGACAUCAAACUGUUGCCUUUUGCCAAAAUCCAAAUGUUAUGAAGUGCCUACCUUCAAGUAUAAAAUUUUGGCUAAAUAAUUCUAAUGUGCUGUAUUUUGCUGCAAGUGACCUUAACAUUUAUAUUUUUAUGUGGGCCCUUUCAUAUAUUUAAAAUUUACAUUGACAAAAUAUUGGGGGAGAGUGAUGCCACCAAAAUGAUGACAUACAUCAUUCCUGAAUUUGCUGCCCCUUACAAGAACAACUAACAGCUAUCCCAAAACAAGACGUCAUUGAGAGAAUCCUAGAACGUAGGACUGAAGCUGAAGAAUACCCCCCACACAGACUUCAGAGACUGAGAUAGACUGUAUUAGAGGGGUAAGAGAAGUUACUGCAUGUUGACUGUAUUGCCUGUUCCCCAGGACAGUGCAGCACCAUGGGGAGAGGUGUCUUCUGAGCCUCCACUUCCUCCAGUGGAAAAGAGAACCCAAGAGGGAACAACCAGCACUGCCCCCCCAGCAUUGUGGGUCACUCGUGAGCACCCCUACUCUCAUCCCAUACCACUGGAAUUGCAGGGCUCAGCCACUGGAAAUAUAACUAUGACAGAGAAUGAGGGAGGAGCUUACAACAACCAGCACAUGGAUGUUGGCAGACCAAGUUCAUAUUGGCAGUGCCCAAAUAGUAAUCUCAACCAGUGGCUUUGCUCAUCUGUAGAACCAAGCUAGAAGUACACUCUGACUGGGGAACUUGGAGAGGUACAGAUCUGCUUGAUUCAGAUCCUCAAACAAGAUGUUUGCCAGUCCUAUGGCCCAAUUUGCUCAUACGUAGGCAGGGUACUGAGUCACAGCCCCACACACUGUGAAGAGUGCCUUCAGCACCAUCUGACCAGAAGGGCUAGAGACAACUCCUGGAAGCUGUGUGGCCCAGUGGCACUUGAGCUGAGAGAAGAGCAGACAGAGCCAGUAGUUUGCAGAGCCAUUGGCCUAAUUUGGCCAGGGAACUUAAGGCGUGGGUCUUCUUGAGUUAAGACAAAGAGCUUUACCAGUUUUACAGCUGCUUCUCCUAUUGCACACAGAAAGGGAAUCUAAUUCAUGGCCUUGCUCAUGGCUAAAUAUAGCCUUCGGCUAUCUGACCAGGGAACCUAACCAGAGCACAAGGGAAGCCAUAUAGUCCAUCUAACAGCCCUACAUACAGUGGCGCUUGAACAGUGAGCACAACUUCCUCCAUCUGCAGAGCAUCACCUGAGCAGGGAAUUCAGUGGACACUCAGGCCUGAUUUGAAGCCCCCAAACAAUGAUCUCUAUGUGCCCUGAACCUGGGCUGCUGUCCUGCCAAGAAGAGAAGCAGGGAACAUAACUCCAUCUACUACUGAAUACAGACCCAGUCCCAACCAUCUAGUAAGCCUGAGCAGAGAAUAAGGCAACUGAGGACCCCAUCCUACAGCCUCACUUGGAUAGCGAACCAAGCCAGGAGUCAUAUCCAACUAUUUUCGUCCAGUGGUACAAUACCCCAUCCCUGUCCAUCCAAGGCAAGUUGCCUUGACCAAAGCAGUCCAUAAUAGCAGGCCCUGCCUGCCCAAAGACAUUACCAAUAGACACACCCAGCAAAAUAAAAUGAGCUGACUAGUGAAGAACUAUCUGUGCCAAAGCAAACCUAUAAAGUCUGGAAGAAGAGAUUAAUUACUCAAAUACUCAGAUACCAAUGCAAGAAAUCAAGGAUCACGAAAAAUCAGGUAAAUAUGACGCCACCAAAGGAAACUAAUAAAACUCCAAGAACUGACCCUAAAAAAAAUGGAAACCUAUAAACUAUCAGACAAAGAAUUCAGAACAAAUCUCUUAAAGAAGUUUAGUGAACUUCGAGAGAACAGAGACAGAAAACUAACAAAAUUAGGAAAACAAUGCAUGAACAGGAGAAGUUUGACAAGGAAAUAGCAACCAUCAAAAAAACAAAAACAGAAAUCUCAGAGUUGAAAAAUACAAUAAAUGAACUGAAGAAUUCAAUAGAGAGUUUCAAAAGUAGAUUCAAACAUGCAGAAAAAAAAAAUCAUCAACCUGAAGGAUAGGACACUGGAAAUUACCCAAGGAGAAAGAAAGAUUAAAAAUAGCAAAGAAAGCCUAUGGAAAUUAUAUGACAAUGAAAACAAACAAUAUGUGCAUCACAGGACGUCCAGAAGGAAAAAAAGAGAAAGGGACAGAAAGCAAUAAUGGCUGAAAACUUCCUGAACCUGGGGAGAAAAAUGGAUAUAUAGAUCCACAUGGCCCAAAGGAUCCCAAAGAGUUUGAACCUAAGGAUAGAGGGCUACACUGAGACACAUUAUAAUUAUAUAGUCAAAAGUCAAAGACAAAAUAUUUUUUAAUAGCACCAAGAGGAAAGAGAGAACUUACAUACAAGGAACCCCCCAUAAGACUAUUGGAUUUCUCAACAGAAACUCUUCAGGCCAGGAGAAAAUGGGAUGCCAUAUUCAAAACAUUGAAAGAAAAUAACUGUCAAUCAAAAACUGUAUAACUGGAAAAGCUGUCCUUCAGAAAUGAAGGAGAGAUAAAGACUAUCUGAACAAACAAAAGCUGAGGGGGUUAAUUACAACCAGACCUACCUUACAAGAAACAAAACACAAAAAGGUAACAUGAAUCUCACUGGCAAUGACAAAUAUAUAGUCAUAACUGGAUUCUGCAAUAUGGUAAUAGUGAUACAUCACUCACUCACAACUCUAGUUUAAAAUUUUUUUAAAGGAAUGUAGCAAAAAUAACCAUAAAUACAAUAAUCUGUUAUUAGUUACACCAGCUAAAAGAAAUAAAUUAUAACUGCAAUAAUCUAAAAUGUGAGGGGCAGAAGUAAAAGUAUAAAGUAUAAAAAUUGUAUUUAUUUAUAGGCUUAAUAUAGGUUUAAAAUAGGGUGUUAUGAGUUUAAGAUAUAUUAUGCAUGCCUCAUGGUAACCACAAGGGAAGAUCUUGAGGUAAUCACACAAAAGAACACAAUAAAUAAGUCAAAGCAUACUGAUACCAAAAAAAUCGAAACACAAAAAAAGAAAGCAGGAUAAGAAAGAAGGAACAACGGAUCUACAAAGAAAUGAGGAAUAUAUCCAAAGAAAAUGAAAAUACUACCUCAAAAAGAUAUCUUGUACCCCCAUGUUCAUAACAGCAUUAUUUACAAUAGCCAAGACAUGGAAACAAUCUAAGUGUCCAUCAAUAAAUGAAUGGAUAAGAAAGUUGUGAGGUGUGUGUGUGUGUUUACACAAAGGAAUGUAAUUCAGCCAUUAAAAAAUUAGGAAAUCCUAUUAUUUGGGACAACAAGGAUGGACCUUAAAAGUAAUAUGCUAAGAAAGUAAGUUAGAUUAAAAAAAAAAGAUAAAUCCCAUAUGAUCUCACUUAUAUGUAGAAUCUUAAAGAAAACAACAACUCAUAGAUAAGGAGAUCAGACUUAUGGUUUCCAGAGGUGGAGGGUGGGAGGAUUGGGAAUUAGAGGAAGGUGGUCAAAAGUUACAAACUUCCAGUUAUAAGAUAAAUAAGCACUAGGGAUGUAAUGUACAACAUAAGGACCAGAGCUAACACUGCUAUAUGAUAUAUAGGAAAAGUGUUAAGAGAGUAAAUCCUAAGAGUUCUCAUCAUAAGAAGAACAUUUUUUUCUUUUAUUCUUCUUUACUUGCAUUUUAUUGUAUCUAUAUGAGAAGAUGGAUGUUAGCUAAACCUACAAUAAUAAUCAUUUUACAACAUAUGUAAAUCAAACCAUCAUGCUGUAUGCCUUAAAGUUAUACAGCGAUGCAUGUCAGUUAUUUCUCAAUAAAACUGAACAAAACAAAACCGUGUAUCACUUCUAUUCACCAAAAGAACACUGUGAUGAACACAACUUGCUAGUAGCUAGUUAGAAAGAUCUUUAAAAAAAAAAAAAAGAUUUUAGUUAUUUAUUCAUGAGAGACAGAGAGAGAGGCAGAGAAGCAGAUGCCCUGUGGAACAGGAAGCCCAAUGUGGGACUCCAUCCCAGGACUCUGGGAUCAUGGCACGAGCUGAAGGCAGACACUUAACCUACUGAGCCACCCAGGAACCCUAGAAAGAUCUUCAUUACAAGUCUGCUUAAACACUGCACUGCAUGCAUAAAAAAAUACUGGGAAGAGAUGUUCAAAUUUUUAUGUCACUUUGCAAUUAAAUCUAAAAUGUUUAAUGUAACAUCAUCAUCAUAAUUCAGUGAAGUCCCAAAAUGAUGCUAAGAAUUUUGCUGAAUAAAAUAAUGAAAAUAAAUGUCUUAAGGUAUAAAAUUAUAGUUCCUGUCCUUAUAGUUAGGAAACUUAGUAGUUCACAUAAGUAGCAUAUUUUCUUUCAAAUACAUUGAUCUGACUGAAAUGAGGUCUAUCUGUCAGUGAGAUCUAAAAGCUAGAUUAGUUUUGAAUGACUUGCUUGAUUUGUAGGCGCUGAUGAUUUUCUGACUUAAAAGGACACAAAGAAUUUGAGAGUUCCAGCCUAUUCUAGGGACUGGAAUUUUAGCAGUACAUAUGCUUUCUCUCUCUUCUGCAAGUGUGAUCAGAUCCAAUUACACGGCAGCUCUGCAACUCAAAUUGUGGGGGUCUCCGUGACAUUCACAAUGUUGGUUGCAAAUGAGCCAUAAAUUCCUUAAGAAAAAUGGAGAGGAAAAGACCAGCGCAAAUUGAAUUCUCAUCAUCUUUGCCGUCAAUAAACAUUUACUGCAUACCUCCCAUGUUCUGCAAACAUUACCCACAUAGGGAGCCAUCUGAGUCCACACCGUUGUUUUAUGGCUUCCCUUAAGGCACAGCAUAGACCCAAAGACCUACAAGCAAUGACUAUUUUUACUAUUUAUGUUUAGUGUCAGAAGAGCAUAAAUGUGCACAUUAUCCAUAUAGACUUUUGGAGUUCACUGAUAUUUUCCUAGAUGAUACACAUUGAAGGAAAAUACUAUAUAAUGUGAAAGCUUUGAAUUAUGGUUAUUUAAAAACUAAUGUGUGUUCUGUGGCCAGAGUGUUUACAAUAAACAAUAAAAUGAAAUAA